AUGUCCGCCGACUUCUGGGCCGGCUACAUCAGCGGCGCCGUCGGCAUCCUCAUCGGCAACCCCCUAGACGUGCUCAAAGUGCGUCUACAAUUGGAAGCCUCAUCCACCCCCAUCUCCACCUCCGCCCCGAGUCCCAACUCCAGCUCGUCAACGUCUACCAUACGGCACCACUUCCAAAGCAAAUCCUCCCUCAUCGCCGGCACCGCCGCGCCAGUCCUAGGCUACGGCGCGCUCAACGCCCUGCUCUUCGUAUCCUACAACCGCAGCGAGGCCCUGCUCAACGCCGCCCUCGACGGCCAGCAUGGUACCGGGAGCAAUCUCUGGACGACGUGGCUCGCGGGCGCUAUUGGUGGCCUGGCGACUUGGGUCGUCAGCACGCCGACGGAGUUGAUCAAGUGUCGGGCGCAGCUUGCGCCUGAUCAUGGUGCGACUAUACCUACGUCUGUGUCAACUUCAACGCAGGUUAGCACCAGUACCAGCAGCUGGCGCAUAGCGCGGGACGUCCUCCGCUCCGAGGGGAUCCGGGGUCUGUAUUUCGGCGGUGCCGUCACGGCGCUGCGGGAUAGCAUCGGCUACGGGUUUUACUUCUGGUCGUAUGAGCUGGGGAGUCGGUGGAUGGAGGGUUCUGCUGGGAACCGUCAGUUAGCAGACUCCGGAGGAGAAGGAGGAGUGGGUGUCGCGGACUCGGUCUUUGCGCACGAGGCGGCUAAGGUCCUGCUGUGCGGUGGCCUGGCGGGCGUCGUGACGUGGGCGAGUAUCUUCCCCCUAGAUGUGGUGAAGACACGCGUGCAGACGCAGACGCUGUCACAGACACAGAUGCAGACACAGAUUUUAGAUGAGGCAAGGAGACCGCUGCUGGGGACUGCGCACAAACGCCGUGGUGCGGUCGAGAUCGCGAGGGAGGCGUACCGGGAGGGCGGCGCAAGAGUGUUCUUCAGGGGCCUCACGGUGUGUAGUGUGAGGGCUUUCAUCGUGAAUGCGGUGCAGUGGGCGGUGUAUGAGUGGAUUAUGCUGGAGCUGGGACAGGGUAGACGUAGGGAUAAGGAGCCAAUAUGA